GGAGAAGGAGGGGGUUGGCUUUAGUGUGAUGUGAAUGGGCGUGAGAGAGAGAGAGAGAGCAUGAGGAAUUGAGAAAAUCAACCUGCCUCUUUUGACUGAACAACAGGAUGGAAGAGCUGAGCUCCUAGCCACACUGAUCAGAGAGAGUUUUAUUUUUGGAGAGGGGAAGAAGGGAGCAGAGGGGAACCGAAGAGGGAGGAGGAGGAGAAAAGGCCUCAGCGUGGGGAUAGAUAGCAGAAAAAUGCUGUCAUGGGGAGAGGGGGGAGGGAGCCGACAGAAAGGAACAGAAUGAGACCAGGCAGGGUGGAGCGGAGCUGAAAUGUGGAGGUGGCCAGUGGAAGAGACCAAAGAGAAGCAAGCAGGCGCUGAGAGGUGGGAGUUGAUGGAUGACAGAUCAGAGAGGCCAACACACACACGAAUCCUCCCCAACCCAGAGGACAGAGAGCUGGACCAAACCAGCAGGACCAAACCAAAACUGGACCACACCACAACUGAGGCACACCAGAAUAGUAGUCAUCUGCAAAGCCAAAGCUGGAGGACGUCCUAAAGGAACUUGGAAUGGGUGGACAUUUUCCAGACCUAAAAUAUAUCAUUGUAUCUGACUGUGGGACUUGCAACGGUCAUCUAAUAGUCCUUUGCAUUUUGUUAUUGAAUGUGGAUGAAGACCACGUGUAGUACCUUUACUCAUCAGGCCUGAGAAAGGGAGGAGAGAUAGUUGGAGUCAGAGUCUGAGGCACCAUGCAGUCUGACGACCUCUUCCUACGCAAGUUCUGCCGGCAGAGACCGCGACCCCCUCUGACAACGGUCAACUUUGACUCUAAGCGGGAGGGUGGGGUGAGGGCGCGGGUGGUGGCAGGGGAGUGGCCCCCGAGGAGGGAUGGGACAGAUGGGGAAAGUCUUACUACCCUGAGCUGUGUGGGUCUGAACCUGAGGUCAGUGGGCCGAGGACACAUCAUGCAGAGAAGCAACAGUGACGUGACGCUGGGAGACCUGGACUCCUCUGGAAAGGCGGGAGGGAAGGCCACACGGGCAGUGGGGGAGAAGGCAGGUGCCGGGGCCCAGGAGGACUCAGGGGUGGUGCUGCACAGGGAGUAUGGCAGUCUCUCCUCACUGGAGAGACAGAUAGGUCUUUCAGGAACCCAAGAGCUGAGUGCAGAGGACCAGGGCGCUCUGACCCCCAACGCCCUCCGCUUCAAAGACCCCUUUCUGCUGCUGGGCCUACAGGGAACCCCCCCAGAGCCAGACGGCUUCUUUAGGGCUCUGUCCGCCCCCGCAGGAGACACCCCAAAACCAGCCAAGCCCCCAAAGCCUGAGGGGCUGAGCAAGAAGGCGAAGCCCUCCCCCCCACAGAUCCCCCAACCAGGUCCUAAUGACAACCUGGGGGGAGGAGCCUGGGUCAGGAAUUUUGCCCACUAUGACGUCCAGAGCAUUCUGUUUGACCUCACCGAGGCGGCCAGCAACCGAGACAGCAUCGGCCGCAAAAAGAACAUCACCUCAGGGGCGUCAGCUGCCUCGACGAUGCGCCCUCUCACCCAGGCCACGCCCUCCUCGCCCUCGCAGAGUGGGGGCGGUGGUGGGGGGGCUGUGGAGGACUCGGAACAGUGUCUGCUGGACGAGGGAGACGGCAAUGACAACGAGCUGCUGCUCAGCUGCCCCCACUUCCGUAACGAGAUGGGGGGUGAGGAGCGAGCGGGCCUGGGGUGUACGCAGGGCAGAGGGGGCCUGUGGCUGAGCCUGAGGAACCCCAACGAUGCUGUGUCAGUACUGGAGGAACCCAGAGAGAGCCACGUCCAACAGCAGGGCAAGAGCAACUACUUCAUAGAACACGCAGACCUGGGAGCCCACUACUACCGCAAAUACUUCUACAUGAAAGAUCAUCAGAACUUCUUUGGCAUGGAUGACCGCUUUGGUCCAGUGGCCAUCAGCUUCCGUAGAGAGGAGAAGGAGGGGUCUAGUGGAGCUCAGUAUAACUACAGGAUCAUCUUCAGAACCACAGAGCUGAAGACUCUGCGAGGCUCCAUCCUGGAGGAGUCAGUGCCCUCAGCGGCCCGCCACACCACCCCCCGGGGCCUGUCUCCUAAGAGGCUCCUGGAGUUCAUCAUCCCGGAGCUCAAUCUCCACUGCCUGCGCCUUGCCUCCACCUCGCCCAAGGUCCGAGACACCCUGCUCAAGCUGGACGAACAAGGGCUGAACUUCCAGAGGAAGGUGGGGGUGAUGUACUGCCGUGCAGGCCAGAGCUCUGAGGAGGACAUGUACAACAACGAGAGCUCGGGGCCGGCCUUCGAGGAGUUCCUGGACCUGCUGGGGGAGCGGGUGAAUCUGAAGGGCUGGGAGAAAUACCGCGCUCAGUUGGACACCAAGACGGACUCCACGGGCACCCAGUCCCUCUACACACACUACCAGGACUAUGAGGUGAUGUUCCAUGUGUCCACCAUGCUGCCCUACACGGCCAACAACACACAACAGUUGCUGAGAAAGAGGCACAUUGGUAAUGACAUAGUGACCAUAGUGUUCCAGGAGCCAGGGGCUCUGCCCUUCACUCCUAAGGCCAUCCGCUCCCAUUUCCAACAUGUCUUCAUCAUCGUCCAGGUGGAACAGUCCUGCUCUGACCACACCUACUACAGGGUGGCAGUGACACGCUCCAAAGACAUCCCACUAUUUGGGCCUCUGUUCCCUAAGGGUGCUCGAUUCCCCCGUUCCCCUGCCUUCAGAGACUUCCUGCUGGCGAAGGCGGUGAAUGCUGAGAACGCUGCAGAGAAGGCGGAAAAGUUCCGCUCCAUGGCCACGCGGACACGACAGGAGUACCUGAAGGACCUGGCAGAGAACUACGUGACCACCACGCCAAUUGACUCCUCCACCAAGUUCCCCCUGCUGUCCCUGGGGAGCAAACGCAAAGACAAGCUGAAGGGGGCCAAGGGGGCAGAGCUUCACAGUGCUGGGGCGCUAGUCUGGGCUGUGAUGGCCACCAGUGGGAAUGAGGAGGAGACAGGAGGACACAAGCUGCCCUGUCUACUGGGGGUCUCAGCUGAAUCAGUGGUGCUGAUCGAGAGAUACACACGGAGGGUGGUGUUCAACUGCUGCUGCCGCGAUGUGAUUGGCUGGAAGGCGGUGAUAGACAGCAGGGCCAUAGGUGGGCCUUGCCUGGAUAUCUUCUAUGAGAGGGGGGAGGCUGUGUCAAUCAGUGUGAUGGACAGCCAGGCGGAGGAGAUACGGGAGAUGGUGCAGAGACUGGAGUUGGUGACGCGGGGGUGCGAGGCACGGGAGGUGACCCCCCUGCGUGAUGGGGUGGGCCAGCCAGGCUUCCUGAUGAGCGAGGAGGGCUUUGUGACAGAUCUGCAGCGGUUCGGCUACGCGGAGAGCGGGGGUCUGCAGCUGGGGGCGCGGGUGGUGCGUCUGUGUGGCCACGCCCUGGUGCACCUAGGACCAGAGGAGAGAGCCAGACUGCUCCGCACCGCCCACAAGAUCCACAUCACUGUCAUUCCUCCAGAUGAGAACGGCAAGCCCCGCAGGAGUUUCUCAGAGUUAUACCAGAAAGCCAUCCAGGAUGCAGAGCGUAAGCCUGGGGAGGGCCAGUCUGGAGAGGCCUGGGUGCUGGACGAGAGGGAGGAGGAGGAAGAGGAGGAGAUGGAGGAAGAGGAACGGGAACAGGGAGAGGGGAAGGAGGCAGAGACGAUGGAGGGACCAGCGGAGGGAGGAGAGGCUGAGGACAGGCUGUCAGAGACGGGACAGGGUGAGGAGGACCAGGGGGACCAGGGCUCCCUCCUCUCCCCACCCAGCCUGCCUCUGUUACGGGCCACCUCCCUGCAGGACCACCCCCUCAACCAGACCGUGGAGAUCACCCCCUCCCAGCUAACACGCAGCUACUCCCUAGAGAGGCACCCGUCCUGCCGGGACAUAUGUGAUGGGCAUGUGUAUGACAACGUGGGUGUGAUGGUGAAGCAUCACAUCUAUGAGAACCCAGGGGAGCUGAGAGAUGCCACGCCUGGCCUCAUCCUGGGGGUCAAACCCAAGGUGCCCCUGGACGAGGAACAGUUUGUGGGGGCUGAGUUGGGUGAGGAGAAGGCAUCAGCGAGUGACCCCUCCCUGUCCUCCACCCGGUUGUCGUGUCUGGACAGAGCGGAGAGAAACUCCCGAGCCCUGAGCCUACACAACUCCAUCACCAAGAUCCUGUCAGAGACCACAGAUUCCUCAGAGGAGGAGUGGCAGUCUAUAGCUGAUCUAGCCACAGCAUGCCGCAGCAUCCUAGAAGCCUUGUCACGUGAAGCAGGAGAUGGGACCCAAGGAGCAGACUCCGUGACAGAUGGCAAGCUAAAGGACAUGAAGGAGAGUGACUCACCGGGCCACCUGGAGGAGAAGGUGUCCCAACUGGAGGCCAUGCUGAAGAGGCUGCAGGACGACCUGCAAAAGGGUGAACAGAGGAGAUGAGAAGAUUGGCUGGAGGGACUUUGGGCAACCAUGCUCACUCUCUCAACACUAAGCGACCAAUGGCAGUAGAGGCAAGUACAGCAUGAGAUUUUUCCUCUGUUGUUGCAUUGACAACAAAAUAACAAUUGGAAAUGGAACUACUAAAAAACAGACCUGAGUUCAUUAACCCAAUAACCCAAAACCACCUAUGGGGUCCUUCAUGGAUGUGAGAAAUGUAAGCGAAGUUCCUCCUCACAACCCUGAAAGUCUGACAGGCUGUCAGUCAUCCCUGUGUGCAGCCUCAGGACCUCUUAGCACCAUUUCUCCAUUCACAGGCUCUUCUCUGGGAAACAUGGGGACUUGGGGAUGGAUGACCUUUGAAGCCCUCACAACUACUGAAUGACUAGCUGCUCUGGUAGUGUUAAGUUGGUUACAUAAUGUAGAGAAUCUGGAAAGGAAAAGGAAGACUGAAGCAAGUUGGAGAAAGGGUGAGAAAGAGUGAAAGAAGGAGAGAGAGAGAAAGAGGGUUUGGAAGCCUCCCAAGCAUCCUUAAACACAUUUGGGUGAAACAUGAUUCCUUUGUUACAGUAACGAGGGUGUUUAAUCUCUGAGGUAAAAUGAAACCCUAUGGUGUGCAGCGUUCUAUAUCCCCUCCAACGUAGUCCUUUUCACCACUCAGAUAUCAAAGAGAUGCCACACUGCCAGUGUUUAAAACUGGCAUCCAACUAAGUGAAUGACAUUCUAAGGAUUUUAGUGCAAAUGCUAUUCGCUCAACUUGGUUCUUGAAACAUGUGAGACAUGAAGCACACAUAAGAAUCUAACUCUGCAGAUAUUCUGGUCACAAUCCUGUGGCUAUAACACCAACAUCACCAAAGUCUUACCCUCUGUUUUUGUAACUCCUCUGAACACUCACCAUUAACACAGUGUUAUCAUCAAUCUAGACAACACACAGACAUUAUCAUCAAUCUAGACAACACAUAGACAUUAUCAUCAAUCUAGACAACACACAGACAUUGACAGUCAGGGACAAUGAACCAAGAAGGAGGACAACCUAACAGGGAACUGCCACAUCAGAUGAUCCAUUUUCACUUUUCUCUGUUGUUUACCUUCUGCCCUGGGAGAGUGAGUGAGCAUGGUUGGUUAUGGGGUGUCCCAGUCCUAUAGUAUGUCCAGCAGAAAAACGUAGGAAUGAACUAAGACCGUGGGAAUGGUCUUACCUCAGAGUAGCUAGUUAGGUUCCAUUCUGAAGUGUGAUGUGUCACAUGGGCUACUUUUGGUUAGUAUUUGGUUUCUGUCCAUGGCUGCCAAGACAGGGAGGGUUUACAGUACUGGAGCUAGUAAGCUAGUACAGUAUGACCAAAUGAACAAUCACCUGAUGUGGUGAUCAUUUGUUACUUUGCUUGCUGUUUGACUUACAUCUUUACAUUUGUUCAUUUUCCAAUUCUAAAUCUGAGUACUUUCAGGUUAAUUGACUUGUACUUUCAGGUUAAUUGACUUGCUCCAGGGCACAGUUGCACUAUGGCCCACUAGGGAGUUGAACCAGCAAGGACAAACAGUACUGCCGCUACCAAAGAUAAUUCCUAUUGACCCAGAUUGAUGAUAAUACCUAACUGGUCUCAUCUAUCAUUAAUUGUUAUUGUCAAAUAACCGUAACCUGCCCCCUCCUCAUCCCACGACUCACUGACAUCACAUCACACCAGACAGACAGACAGAUAGACAGACAGCACAGGAGUCAGUCCGGAUAGAACCCCCUCUCUGUGUAGACAGUCAAACAAAUAAACACCAUUACACAAGGCAAUUGUGCGGGGAGGCAAUAUAACAUUGCAUUCAUGCCAUUUUUGUAGAGGUUGAGUUUGAUUAAAUUCAAUCACCAAGCUAAUUGGCCAGGCUAAGUAUAGCUCACUAACUCAUGGCACACUGUACUUAUUGAAGAUUAAGUUACAAUGAGCUUACAUUUCAUACCAUUGCUCAAACCCCCUCGCCCACUGCAGACAGAGAAUCUGACAUUACUCUGCAUUCAAUGUUGCCAACGUUCUGCAAUGAUGAUCUUUCUUUGUUGAUCAAUGACUUUGUUGCUGCAAGUGAACAGAAUAUGUCACAAUGCACAACACUUUUUAAUACAAAAGUCAAUUAAAAGGUAUAGUGUUGAAGUAAUAAUGCUGUUGGCAACACUGGUUGUGCUGGCAAUGGCCCCUGUCUUUUUGUCUACCCUAAGCCUCCGAUUUCCUGUCUGUCACAGCUCUUGCUACAGUUUGUGACAUAGCAAACAGGAAGCAUUUACUAUGGCAAAUCACCGCUCUGAAAGUUGCAAUAGCUGAUUUCAAACUGAGUUCCAAGUAGUGAGGGACUAGGGUGACCCCUGCUGUUUGGAUGAUGAGGAAUGCAAGACAUUUUGGAGCUUGGGUCUUUAUAGAAAUCUCACUUGUAUAACAAUCAGCUACAUUGGAAAUCAAAUGUUAUGGCAUUUCCUCUGCUCUUGUUUAAUGAGUGAUUGAUUUAUUAAUUGGUUGUUUGGUCUGGAACAAGUGGUUGCCAUAGUAAAUCCGUCUAAACAUUUCCUCCAUACUCCACUUCUCCCUAUGGAGUGCUUUUAUGGAAGGAAAUUGGUUUGUAUUUGCGUGUGCGUGUGUGAGUGUGAGUGUGUGUGUGUGUGUGUGUGUGCGCGUGUAUCUGGUGUGUGUGUACUUCUAUAGUACCUUGUCUUGCUUACACUGCUACCACUACUACAAGGCAUGUAUGUGUAUGUUUGUGAACCCGUCUGUCUGCGUGUGCCUGCUGUCUAGCCCAGUCCAAGCCAGCCCUCACCCACCUCCACCCACACCCAGCCCCCUCUCACCCCUCCAUCCAUCCCAGCCAUGGUGGUCUGACAGA